CACGGAGAUCUUGGCGGGAAUGAGGGCUGCCGGCGCUCGUAGGGAAGAGAGGCAGUUCGGGGUCCUGGGACAAAAUAGAAGGUUCAGAGUGUCAGAUGACCGAAAAGCGCCCUUGCAGGCGCCGGGUCUUCUGGGCGCAUGGAUUUGGGCGGAGUCCUCAUGACCACCUUCCAAGCCAGGAAGGAUCCUCUCCUCCGGGGUGUAUCUCCCACUCCUAGCAAGAUUCCCGUUCGCUCUCAGAGACGCCCACCUCUCCCCACAGUCAAACCCAGCGCCGUGGACCAGGAGAACCAAGAUCCAAGGAGAUUGGGGCAGAAGCUCAGUAUUCAGCGCCCUCUCGCAGACUCAGCAGGCCCCAGGCUGAAAGCCACAUGUCAGACAGAGCAAUCUGAGAAAUUGGUGGGGAGCCCUCAGCUCCGGAACCCCUUGGAGGAGCUCAGGCCUAGCCAUGGGGGUCAAAAUGUGGGCCCUAGGCCACCUCCCCAGACAGAGGGUCCAGGGACCAUAGAGUUUGUGGCUGACCCUGCAGCCCUGGCCACCAUCCUGUCAGGUGAGGGGGUGAAGAGCUGUCGCCUGGGGCGCCAGCCCAGUCUGGCUCAGAGAGUACUGGUUCGAGGGAGCCAGGGAGGCACCAUCCGGAGGGGUCAGGAUGCCCGGGCCUCUGCAUAUUUGGCCCCCAGAACCCCUACCCAUCGACUGGACCCUGUCAGGGCUUCCUGCUUCUCAAGGCUGGAGGGACCAGGGCCUAGAGGUCGAACCUUGUGUCCCCAGAGGCUGGAGGCUCUGAUUCCACCUUUAGGAUCUUCCUCUCACCCCUCCGCUCCUCCCUGUUUGCAGGAACUAAGAAGAGAGACCAGUGGCAGCAGCAAGACUUCAGUGAGCCAGGCCUUGGGAUCCCUUCUGGAGCAGCCUGUGCAGCCUGCUUCCUCUCUGCCUGAAGGAGAACCUGAAGUUGUCACUCAGUCAGAUGAAGGAGGAGGCGGCCCCCUCGGCCUGGCCCAGCGGGUACCAUUAAAAGAAACCCGAGAUAAAACCCACACCAGGGACGGCUGUGACUCCUGCCUGAUGCCCUCCCCUGGCCAAGCAGUGCCACCUGCCAUCACCCGGCCAUCACCCUUUGGACGGGCUCAGCGUGUACCAUCCCCUGGCCCCUCAGCUCCAGUUUGUAUCUGCAGCUACUGGGGGCUGGGCAAGGGCAGAACAGUCUGGCUGGGAUCCCUGCUGGUCUCGAUCUGUCCCUGCUUAGCCACCCCCAUCUCUCCCCAGAUCUCAUAUUCAGUGUUGCGGCGUCUCGCCACCCGCCCCAAAACCCAGUUCACACCACUCCCAUCAGCCUCCAGAGUUCAGCAGGCCCGAGGGUUGAGUGGCCUCUCCCCUCAACCUUGCCCUGAAGAGUCUGCCCUGCCCUGGGAGCAGAUUGCAGUACGGUUAUUUGACCAGGAGAGUGGUAUAAGGUUGCAGGAGGGGCCUGGGAAGCCACCUGUGUCGACUCCUUAUGGACCCCACCCCAGUAGAACCCCCAACUUCCAGGAGCUGAAGAUGCAGCGCAUCAGUAUCCUGCAGCAGCUUUUGCGGCAGGAAGUGGAGGGGUUGGCAGAGGGCAAGUGUGCCCCCCUUAAUGGAAGCUCCUCUCUGGAUAUGGUGGAACUUCAGCCCCUGCUGGCUGAGAUUUCUAGAACUCUGAAUGCUCCUGAAAAAGUACCUGAGGCUUUUCACCUUCCUGGACUGUUACAGCACCCUGAGCUGCCAAAACCCUACUUUCCAGAGGAGUGUGGGGAGCCAGAGCCCUGCCCUGGAGCAAAGCCUGAGGUUGCCCCACCCUGCCCUCCAGCUGAGCCAGGCCCCCCAGAGUCCUGCCUUGGGAGGAGGCCUGAGAAACCAGAGCCCUCCACCCAAGAGCAGCCUGAGGCAUCAGAGCCCAGCCCUCCAGUAGAACCUGGACCCCUUCAGGCCUGCCCCCAGGGGCAGGUAGGACUCCCAGAGCCCUCCACUACCGUAGAUCCGGGGGUAUCAGAAGCCUGCUCCCUGGAACUCAGAAAUCCAGAGUCCAGCUCACAGCCCCGCACCAGUCAGUGGGCUCCAGCGACCACCAGCCUGACCUUCUCCUCCCAGCGCCCACUUUGUGCCAGCCCCCGUAUCCGCUCACUCCAGUCUCUGAAGCUCUCACCAGGCCCGACAGGUCCCAGCCAUCCGGCCCCUCGGACCAUGGCCCUGAGGCAGCGCCUCAAAGCAUGUCUGACCGCCAUCCACGGCUUCCACGAGGCCUGCCUGGAUGAUGAGUGUGCCUUCUACACCAGCCGAGCCCCUCCCUCAGGCCUCACCAGGGUCUGCACCAACCCCGUGGCCAUGAUGCUGGAAUGGCAGGAUGCCCUGUGUUUUAUUCCAGUUGGUUCUGCUGCCCCACAGGAUUCUCCGUCAUGAGGCAUCCGCAUCCACUCACUCCUGUCCUGUCUUGCUCCUUCCUUUUAACCUUAUUUAUUUUCCACACCGUGGAUUGGAACUGACACCCUUUUGUCCUUCAAUAAAGUUUCUAAAGUGUC